AUGAGCAAUUUGAAAAAUAUAUUUAGCUUUUUAAAAUCGAAUGAACAAAAUGAAAACGAUGGGAAAAAUGAAAACGAUGGACAAAAUGAAAAGGAUGGACAAAAUGAAAAGGAUGGGCAAAAUGAAAAGGAUGGGCAAAAUGAAAAGGAUGGGCAAAAUGAAAAGGAUGGACAAAGCUCGAUCGAAAGCAUAAGCAAAGACAUCUCCAGUUUGCAAAAGCUUUUUAGAACAAUGCAGAAUGAUGGCAAGAGCGAAAAAAAAAAAAAAAAUAAAAUAAAAAAAAAUAAAAAUAAAAUGCAAGAGAAUGCUAGCGAAAAUGCUGGCGAAGAUACUGACGAAGACACUGACAAAGAAACUGACGAAGAAACUGACGAAACUGUAGACGAAAUAAACGAAAUUGGAAAUGUGGAUAUAGAAAAUGUGAAUACAAUUUUUAACAUAAAUAAUAAGUCUCAAAACGAUACUAAUAAAAUAAUUCUAGAAUUAAAAAAUGCAUUAAAUAUUACCGAAAAACCAAAUGCAGUUAAAAUAAUAAAUGGAAUAAGUCAAGAUGAAAUAAAUGUAUUAGAUAAUUGGUAUAUUUUAAAUAAAAUAAAAAUAAUUCCAUGUCUAUUUGAAGAUAUACCAUUAAAUUUGGGACUGUUAAAUUCAUUAUAUGCUAUUGAUCCAUCAUUUAAAAAUAAAAAAAUAAAAAUAAUUCGAUAUUUAAAAUAUACUAAAAAAGUAUAUGAACAAUUAUUAAAAAAAUGUUCUGAAAUAAAUAAAGAAGAAAGGAAAGAAUUUUGUAAAAAUAUCAUUUUAAAAAUUAUUAAAAAUGAUAUCCAAAAUUUAAAAGAUAAAAUCUUUAUGAAACAAAUUAUCUUAUUAAUUAAUAAAGAAAAAAAUUAUAUAAAUUUAAAAUAUUAUUUUCAAUUUUUAUUAGAUUCAUCUAUAGAUUUUUAUGAUUUAUUUAUUGAACUAAAUGGGAUAGAAUCUAUUAAAAAUAUUUUACAAAAUUUAGCAAAAAAAAAUAUUAUUAAAAAAUAUAUUCCUCUAAUAAUUCAAAUAUUUAAUUUAUUAAAAAAAAUUAAUAUGACAUUAUAUAUUUUAAAAACAACCUUAAUUGGAAUUCCUAUAAAUCUAAUUGCUAAAAAUAAACAAGAUGUUAGAAACAAUCUUAAUUAUGUUACUGAUAAUCCUCAAAUUCAAAAUAUAGCACAAGAAAUUGUAGAUAAAUGGAGAUCUAUACGUGAUGAUACUAUAAAAAAAUUACAAGAUAAAAAUAAUAACGAAACAAUAAAUGAAAAUAAUUUAAAACAAACCUUUAAUAAUUCUCUUACUACCGAUUCUACGCAAUAUAAUGAUAAUAAUGAUAAAAAUAAUGAUAAUAAUGAUAAUAAUAAUGAUAAUAAUAAUAAUAGUAGUGAUAAAAAAAUAAACAAUCUUAAAAAUAAAACUAAUACACCCAAUGAAGGAAAAAAUAUUAUGCUAGAAAUUAUUGACACACUAAAUCAAGAGUAUGAAAAAAAAAAAAAAAGACAUAUAGAAUAUAAAAAAGCUAAAAUAGAAGGAAAAAUUAAAAAAUAUAGUGCACUAAAUAACACUAAUGAUAAUAAUAAAAAUCAAUAUUUGCUGAAUGAUAUAUUAAAUAUUAAAAAAGAUGUACAGUUACAACAAUCUAUAAAACAAAAAGAUAAACAAAUAAAUAAUCUAUAUUCUUUACAAUAUAAAAUUGAUGCAAAUAAAAGUCGAGAACACUAUCCAGACGCCCGCUCAUAUUCAAAUAAGUAUAAUGCCAAAAGUGGAGAUGCCAAAUAUGGAGAUGCCAAAAGUGGGGAUAUCAAAAACCAAAUGCCAAGUCAGAGUCACUAUCGGUAUUCUAACAAAAGUGGAAUGGAAAAUGAUUCAAUUUAUUUAAGACAAAAAAGAACAUUUUCAAAUUCUCCAAAUAAAUAUGAUGAAUAUAAUAAAAACAAAAUGUAUGAACAAGAAUAUAUGUCAAAUAAAAAUUAUAAUGGAAGAUAUAAUAAAUUUCAAAAUAAAAGAAAAAAUAUACAAUAUCAUGAUAAUUAUCCAAAUAAAUUUUCCAACAAAGAAAUUGAACCAAACAUAAAUUCCAUAUCAUUUACACCAAAUUAUAAUGACGUUUCAAAUAACACAAAUUCAAGUCUCAUUAAUAAAAAUAAUGAUAAAAUAAAAAAUAUAAAUAAUUUAUUUUACAACAAUAAUAAUAAAGAAAACAUAAAUGAUAUGUUAAAUUAUAUAUUCAAAUGUUAUACACAAUUUGAAAAAAUAAAAGAGAAUCAUACAUCUGGUAUUUCAUCUAUUUAUUAUCCUAUUAUGAUAUUUAAUGAUGUAGACAUUUCUAAAACAGAUAUAAUAAUAAAAUUUAAUUAUAAUAAAUUAAAUAAAACAUCGAUAUAUUUAAAACAUAAUAAUAUAUUAGAUACAUCUAUACAUAAUGAUUUAAAUGUUAUUAAUAAAAAUAUGAAUCCUUUUUCAAUACCUGAAUUAUUUACACCUUCAAAUUUGAAUAUAUUUAAUUUGCCUUUUAUCCCUACUAUAUCAGAUUUUACAAAAACACAAAAUAUAUCAUCUAACAUUUUCACAAACAAUAAUCAUAUUCCUAAUUCGACGCUUUCCUCCGAUUAUAAUAUAAAUGCAACCCAACCUACUUCCCAAACUACUUCCCAAAAUAAUAUCUACAACACCGUAGAUGAAUUUAUUAACCUUUUUGAUGACAACAUUAAACAGAUUCUUCUCAAGAACACAGAUCUAGCCAACUUGUUAAUGAGCAAACCUGAUGUUGUGAGCAAAAUGCUUAAGGGGCCCCAAUACAUUAAUGAAGCUUUAUGCUCAUUGGAAGAAGAAUUGAAAAGCUGGGGAAAAUCAAAUCCAGUUUCUUAA